GGGGGCGGGGCCGGUCCCAGAAGAUGGCGGAGGCGGGGGAUUUCUGGUAGGUCCUAUUUUAGGACAAGAUGCAAUACUGUUGAAACGCCAGUCUGCUUUGGUUCAGACAGUUGGCUUUUCAGCUGGGAAGCCAUUUCUUCUUCCUCUUUUUUUUUUUUUUUUUUGUCAACUUACUGAACUUAUGAAACCAUGGCAGAAGGAGAGACAGAAUCACCUGGGCCCAAAAAGUGUGGUCCCUAUAUUUCAUCUGUCACUAGCCGGAGUGUGAACUUGAUGAUUCGAGGAGUAGUACUUUUUUUUAUUGGAGUGUUUCUUGCAUUAGUAUUAAAUUUACUUCAGAUUCAGAGAAAUGUGACGCUCUUUCCACCCGAUGUAAUUGCAAGCAUCUUUUCUUCAGCAUGGUGGGUACCGCCGUGCUGUGGCACAGCUUCAGCCGUGAUUGGGUUAUUAUACCCCUGCAUUGACAGGCAUCUCGGAGAACCACAUAAAUUUAAAAGAGAGUGGUCCAGUGUAAUGCGGUGCGUAGCCGUCUUUGUUGGUAUAAAUCAUGCCAGCGCUAAAGUGGAUUUUGAUAACAACAUACAGUUGUCUCUCACACUGGCUGCACUAUCCAUUGGACUGUGGUGGACUUUUGAUAGAUCUAGAAGUGGUUUUGGCCUUGGAGUAGGAAUUGCUUUCUUGGCAACCUUGGUCACUCAACUGCUAGUCUAUAAUGGUGUUUAUCAAUACACAUCUCCAGAUUUUCUCUACGUUCGUUCUUGGUUACCAUGUAUAUUUUUUGCUGGAGGCAUAACAAUGGGAAACAUUGGUCGACAACUGGCAAUGUAUGAAUGUAAAGUUAUUGCAGAAAAAUCUCAUCAAGAAUGAAGAAGGCAAAUAUAUCUUUUGUACAGAAAAACAAGAUGAAAAGGGCAUGUAAAUGAUAGCUAUAUCAACAAAACUUUGGACUAUAAAAUUGCCAGGAUGCAGUUUUUCCCUUAAUUGGUAUAUAUAUAUACAUACAUGCAUAUACAUAUAUAUACACACAUACAUAUGUUACUGCAAUCUGUGAUUGCUUCAUCUGUAAAUCAAGUACAGACCUUUAUGUAUUUGACUUAAAUAACUGUAAAAUAUAUAUGCACUACAUUAAAAAACAUGUUGAUUAAUAGAUGAAAUUUCUAAAUUAAUUUUUUAGACAUACCAUAUAUUGUAUCACAGUGUUGAUGUGCCAAACUAUUCUGUUAUCGUCAUGCAGAGUAUAAGAACGCUUUGAACAAUUUAUAAACUUACUGAAAUAAAAUAUGAGGAAAGCCAAAAAAAAAAAAAAAAAAAAAAGCAAAUGGAAAGCUGGUAUAUUCUCUUUUGCUUACUGUUGUGCCUUUUUAUUUUUCUAAUUACAGCAGUAUGAGUUAUGGGUGCCCUAAUGUGUGGUUAGUUUCUAUUUUAAUGUUGUCUCAGAGAGCCUUGGUUAUUUUAAUGUAUGAUGAAAAAGAACUUCCAGGGAACGUUUUCAAACCUGCAUUACUGGAGAGAGUCCAAAGAGUAAUUUUUUGUUUUAACAGAUUUUACUGGAGGUGGAAGUGAUGAGCAGGAGAGUUUAUCAGCAUUAAGUUGUUUUGAGUCUAAAUCUGGAAGAAUACCUAUAAUUAAAAGUAAGGACCAUUGAGAAAUUGAAAUAAAUAUGUUUUAGAAAUAAAAAAUGACCUUCUGCAGUGCCACAAAGUGUUAAGUAAUACUGUCAUUUGCAAUACAGUAUUCCACUGCUUUUGCACAUAGAACACAUAAGAAACCCCAAACAGGUCAAAAUGAAUUUCUCAUUCUCUUGGGUUCUAUAAUCUGUUGAGUUCUGUGAGCUGGGCUGCAUCAUGUGAUUGACUGUCAGUGGAUUGCCAUCUGGGGAGUAAAUGGGCACAUAGUUUCUUAUGUAUUCACUCAUGGGCCCAUUAGUGAAUAGUUCAAGACUGUAUUGUUUAGGAGUGUGUUGGGAUGGCAUAUUGUGCAUGUUAGAGAUCCUGAUAACAGUUUUGUGCAUAUCUUUCCAACACCUAAAUCCUUUUAAAUAUGAUUUAAACAUAGUCUUAGUUAACCUUUUUUCCCCAAUUUUUAUUUAUGAAAUUGAUGGCAACUGUCUGAUACACAAGGGUGAAAUCUUCUGCUUACUCUGGAGGUGUGCAUGUUUGUGUGUGCAUGUGUGUAUGUGUUGGACUGGAUGAGGGAGAGAAUGUAUGUGUGUGUAUAUAUAUAUAUGUGUAUGUGCUCAUGCUCUCUUAAUAUGUCAACUAGAUAUUUUUUUCACUUUCAAUUUUAAAACCAUUGCUGUCUGACUGAGAUCUUGUAUGCCAAACUUUAACCUGCUCUUAUGUUUUAAGGCUGAAAGUGUGAAAAUCAUAAGAGGAUUUCAUAUUGAAUAUAUGUAUACAAUCUUAACUAUAGUGGUGAUAAACAUAUUGCUAUAAUUUAUUAUUCUAUAUUCUAGAUAAUGUUAUUCAUUUAGAACAAAUAAGGUAUAUUUUUAGAAUCAACUUUGUAAACACUGUAAAUCUUUAAUAAGUUAUAGGGCCUAUGAUGUGUUUACUUUGAAAAUUGCUGUUUAAAGCAAGGUGUAUUAAAUAUAUAAUUAUCAGCUUGGUUAAGA